CAAUAAUUCCGCACAAAAGAUGGCGGCAAAAGUUAAAGUUUUCCUGAUGUAGAUGAUAUUUAAAGUGAGUCCUUUUAAUUAGUGUGAGGGCUAUUUAGAUCAACGAAGCUCUUUAUUUUGCAAACAGAAAGAGCAGUAUGGGUGAUGAAGAGAAAAGAGUUGAAAAGAUCGACAGCAGACCGAUGUGCAAAUACGGAACAGAAUGUUAUCGUAAGAAUCCGCUCCAUUUUAAGGAAUACAGACAUCGAGGUUAUGACUCUGACACUGAUGAUGAUGAUGAGUUGGAGAAGUCUCCUCCAGCUAAAAGACAGAAGUUAACUAGUAAUUUGACAACCAGUGGGUCAUCAACUUCAUCAUCAUUAUCAAAAGACACAAAGAAUGACGUGAAGUGUUUGCCAUUUUUACUGACCACCGUUCGAGGAAUUCCUUCAGAAUUUAAUGCCAAAAAUUUGGCAGUUAGCAUCAAAGAUAUCCUUUCAAAUACAACGGGUAACCUAGAGGCAUCAGUGCAGUUCAACUACAUGUUUGAUAUUCCAUGGUUGAUGGAGCAGUAUCCUGCAGAUAAAAGUCAGGAAUAUUUGGCAGCAUACGGGGGUAGUGCACUAGAUGACUGGAAGAAAAAUGUUCGGGAACAUGAUAUGGCAUCUGCAAGGGUUCGCUUGAUAGCUUCUGUUCCUGGGAGACACACUGGAGUCAAUAAAACCAAGUGGGGCCAUCUUAAACUCCGUAAGGUUCUUCACCAGCAUGGACCUAGCUCAGAUGACAUCAGUUCCAAGUGGCCUGUGAUUGGUCAGUUUUCUAGCAUAGGUUCCCUUGGGAAUGACAAGGACCGUUGGCUGUGUUCUGAGUGGUUACAAAGCUUGUCCACCUGUGCUGGUAACAUGAUGUCCAGUCCCCCUCUGCAUCUGGUAUUUCCCACAGUGGACAACGUACGGCACAGUUUGGAAGGUUACCCAGCUGGUGGCUCAAUACCAUACAGCUCCAAGACAGCUUUAAAACAGCCUUAUCUUCCAAAUUUCUUUUGCUCGUGGAAGUCUCUUUCCUGUGGUAGAAGUCGCGCCUCUCCUCACAUUAAAACGUACACCAGGACAUCCCCAGAUUCGAGGCAACUGAGCUGGUUUCUUAUGACAAGUGCAAAUUUGUCCAAAGCAGCCUGGGGCACCCUUGAGAAAAAUGGUCAACAACUGAUGAUCCGUUCCUAUGAGAUUGGAGUGUUAUUUCUCCCCAAAGAUCAGGAUCCCUACAGCAAAUACUUUCAUGUGAAAGGAAAAGAAGAAAGUUAUGAAAAUUCAAAUUCGUUGAAUUACAGUGUACAGCUUCCAUAUGAUGUCCCGCCUUCACCAUACACUAAAGAUGAAUCUCCUUGGAUGUGGGACGUCAAAUACAACACACCUGAUUGUCAUGGUAGAAUAUGGUCACCGACAUAACCAUUUUGCUGGCAAAUCACUGGGUAAAAAUUGAUCAAAUCAGAUGCAAAGGGGGAGGGGAGAGGCCACAUUGUUGAAAGACAUAAAAAUCAUGUUUUGUUCAGAGAUACUUUGUGAGAAUUGUUAAUUUUUGGUAUUCUCAUGUUGAAAAAAUCAAGUGUUGUUCAGACUUUCAAAUCUCUUGAAAUGACUAAAAUUAAAAUGAUCCUCAUGGAG